CCCACGGCCCGCCGCCGCCUUUGAUGUCUCCCGCCUGCCGCCCCGGCUCCCUUUGCUCCCAGGAGGAGGCUUCCCGCCACCAGUCCCAGGCUUCCUCGUCGCAGCGGAGAUGAGCGGCGCCGACCAGGUCGUGUUGUUUGGGUCCUUCACGGAGGACGAGGCCAAGUUGUUCCAGGGGAAGCAUGUAACCGAACCGAAAAGCGAGGAGAAGGCAUGGGAACUAGCUGAGAUCCAGUUUGGGUCACUGAAUUUUUCCACGGCAAGUUUGGAGAAGGCCUCAAAUCAUACUACUAAAGGCGCUGUUCAUCCUCCUCCGAAAUCAACAUCUGGCCAUGUGAAGGAUCACACGUGCAGUACUAAAAAGGAAACCGUGGCAUCUAGCUUACCAAAUGGCGGGGCAGUGCAGUUCAAUGGAUGUCCUGCCGUAGGUUCUCCUAACAAUGGUGCUCUCAUCAAGAAUGUAAAGUCUGAAGCUACGGUUCCUUCGGCUGGGCCUGUUAGCAAUGCGAAAGAGACUGAAGCGGUGGUUCCUUCAGCUGGCCACCCUGCCAGCAAUGUAAAGAAGGCUGAAGCUUCAGCUCCUUCAGCUGGUCCUGUCAAGAAUGUAAAGAAGGCUGAAGCCCCAGCCCCUCCAGCUGCUCCUGUCAAGAAUGUGAAGAAGACCGAGGCCACGGUUCUUUCGCCUGGGCAUAUCAACAAUGUGAAGAAGGUUCCUUUAGCUGGGCAUGCCAACAAUGUAAAGAAGGCUGAAGCUAAGGUUUCUUCACCUGGGCCUGUCAACAGUGUAAAGAAGACCGAAUCUGUGGUUCCUUCAGGUGCACCUGUCAAGAAUAUCAGCAGUUCAACGCCCACACAAGGCAGCACUUCAGCUAUGCAAGUAACUGAGAAUGGGAGCACAGGUGUUGAUGCACCUAUUGUUGCAGCUCCAGUAGAUGAGUCUACCCCAAGCUUAAAUAAGGAAGCCUAUCAGAACAAGCCAGUGCUUCCUCACGGUUUGAAGAAUACAGGAAAUAUAUGCUUCCUGAAUGCAACUUUGCAGGCUUUCCUUUCAUGCUCACCUUUUGUUCAGCUUCUGCAAGACCUGAGGAAUCGGAGUAUACCCAAGGUUGGCUACCCUACAUUGAGUGCAUUCAUUGAGCUCAUCUCUCAGUUUGAUGUGCUUGACGAGUCCAGUAUGAAGAAAGAAGAGAAUGUUGCUAUUAUCUCCGCAAAAGUAAUCAAUCCUGCCAUGUUCGAUCAAGUUCUGAGAAACUUUACUCCAGAUGUACCGGCUGGAACAUCUGCUCGGCCAAGACAAGAAGAUGCCCAAGAGUUUCUAAGUUUUGCCAUGGAUAGAAUGCAUGAUGAACUGUUGAAGCUUAAUGGUUCAAAUUCAAAGGAAGGUAUGGUUGUUUCUGCUUCUGAUGAUGAUGCCUGGGAGACCGUUGGAAGGAAGAACAAAUCUGCAAUCAUGAGAACACAGAGUUUAGUUCCCUCCGAGCUAAGUGCUAUUUUUGGAGGAGAGCUACAAAGCAUGGUGAAAGCUGCAGGUAACAAACCGUCAGCCACCAUUCAACCUUUCCUGCUGCUCCAUCUAGAUAUAUUCCCAGAUGCUGUUCAUACGGUUGAGGAUGCACUUCAUCUGUUUUCCACCCCCGAAUCUUUGGAAGGAUACAGAACAGCUGCUGGAAAGGCUGGAGUGGUGACAGCUAGAAAAAGUUUCCAGAUUCACACACUUUCAAAGAUUAUGAUACUACAUUUGAAGAGGUUCAGUUAUGGAAAUCAUGGUUGUACUAAACUCUACAAGCCGCUGUACUUCCCUCUUGAACUGGUUCUUAAUCGGGAUCUGCUGAGCUCACCAUCAUCAGAGGGUAGAAAAUAUGAGCUCGUUGCAACCAUCACUCAUCAUGGGAGUGGCCCUUCCAGGGGGCAUUACACUGCUGAUGCGAAGCAUGCUGGUGGGCAGUGGCUUCGGUUCGAUGACAACAUGGUCAUGCCCAUCAAUGUGAACAAGGUCUUGCAUGACCAAGCAUAUGUCCUGUUCUACAAGCAAGUAUAAGUCUGGCAUUGCCCACUCGGUUGAUUAGCCCUUCCUCUUAUUGCCGGAACAGUGAGUCACACUGUCUAACUAUCGUCCUAUUAAUGUAGCUUCCGUGAGACCGCAGAAUCGUGUGUUAAGUACCCUGGUUGCCUGACUCUAUUUAUAUAUAUGCCUGAUAACAUAGUGAAGGGGGGCUUUCCCGUUCAGCCCAUUUUUGAGGUCCUGUAAAAUGCAACUGCUCAUCUUGUAUGACCAGCAAAGUAACCAUGAGUUGCUAUUCA